AAUUUAAUUCCAACCCAAAACUCAAUCGAAAGGAAAAUUGCGCCCAAACCCCCCAAGGGGUAGCGGAAGCCGUUUUGCUGUUGAUUUUGAUCGAUUAAGCCGAUUUUGUUGAUGGGUUCUUGUCAUUCGUCUCCUAAACGGCGGCAGAGUAGAGGCGGCGCUUAUUCUGCCUCUGCAGCGCCGGCUGAGGCUCCGAUGGCUUCUACAACAGAGUCAUUUUCUUCUUCUUCUUCUUCGUUUUUGUACUCGACAACCAGUAAGCCGCGUUGGUGGAAGAAGAAUUCGACUAAAACUUUUGGGGUUGGGGUUUGUUCAGAGAAGGUCCAUGAAUUUGAGGUUCCGGGGAGGAUUUGUUCAAAUGGGUCAUCGAGAAUUGCUUGUUUGUAUACGCAGCAGGGGAAGAAAGGGGUUAAUCAAGACGCCAUGAUUGUGCAGGAGAACUUCAGUUCGAAAAAAGAUACAGUAUUUUGUGGGGUAUUUGAUGGUCAUGGUCCUUUUGGACACAUGGUUGCGAAAAAAGUUCGUGAUACCCUCCCUCUAAUCCUGUGUACACAAUGGACAUCUAAAUCAAAUGAAGAUCAAAGCAACCUCUUUCAGACGAGACAUUCCCGAAGUUCAAAUUCUGAAGAUUCUGUUGCUCUAGAUGGAGAUGAAGAUUCUUACAAGUCAUUUGAGGCCGAAGAAAAUGAAAAAUUUCCCAAGAUGUUUCUACCCCUCAAAGUAUCUUUACUGAAGUCCUUCAAAUUAAUGGAUAAAGAGUUGAAACUGCAUCCUAAACUUGAUUGUUUUUGCAGUGGAUCGACGGCUGUGACUCUAAUAAAGCAGGGUCAGAACCUUGUACUUGGAAAUGUUGGUGACUCGAGAGCAGUGCUGGCUACGAUAGAUGAAGAUAACUCUUUGAUUCCAGUUCAAUUAACAGUGGACUUGAAACCUGACCUUCCUGGUGAAGCUGCUAGGAUCCAGCAGUGCAAAGGAAGGGUAUUCGCUUUGCAGGAUGAGCCCGAAGUUGCACGAGUAUGGUUGCCAAAUAAUGAUUCACCUGGUUUGGCAAUGGCGAGAGCUUUUGGAGACUUUUGUCUGAAGGAUUUCGGUCUUAUUUCUGUUCCCGAUGUUUAUUAUCGUCACCUUAGCGCAAGAGAUCAGUUUGUAAUUCUUGCCACUGAUGGGGUCUGGGAUGUUCUUUCGAAUAAAGAAGCAAUCGAAAUUGUCGCAUCAGCCCCUUCUCGCGAAACAGCAGCCAGAGCUCUUGUCGACUGUGCCGUUCGUGCAUGGAGGCUGAAAUAUCCUACAUCCAAAAAUGAUGAUUGUGCUGUUGUAUGUCUUUUUCUUGAGUAUGAGCCUGAAGUAGAAGAAAACACGGAAACUUGCACAAAACCAGUGGAAGAAGUUUUGGCCACACCAAGCGAUGACGCAAAAGACAUCGAAGUUGAUUCAGAUGAUUGUAGAACGACUGUUGUUGAGCAGUCAGGCACUGUACAAAGCUCUAUUGAGAUUGUACCUGUCUCCGACUCAACGGAUGAGAAGGCUGUAGCUGGUGGCCGAAACCCGUCGAAGAGAAGCUUAGCUGAGUGCAUUUCAAAUGAAGAGGAGGAAUGGUCUGCCUUGGAGGGUAUUACCAGAGUGAAUAGUCUGCUAAGCCUUCCAAGGUUCCUAUCAGGUGACAAAAGAUCCGGCAGUUGGAGGAAGUGGCUAUGAAGUUUCUCUUUCUCAAUUCAUUUUUAUUGUUGUCAGUUUGGAGGCAGAAAGUUCAUAUUUCUUGUGGAUAUAAAUAUCUUCAUUUUCAGUGCUCUGAUCUUGCAAAUAAAAAUAAAUUUGUAUUUGGUAAUUAUUUUACUUA